UGUGGUGGACGCUCGCUGCCUCAUUGGCACAUGUCCCGGCGGGGUGGAGCGUAGCGGGGCUGCCUCCCUCCCGUGUCUCCCCCCUCACAGAGCAGCUGCAGCGGCCGAGACGAGAGGAGCGACCGACCCGAGCCGGUGGAUCUGUCGGAGGGACCGCAGCGCGCAGGGCGCAGCAGGGACCGGGAGGGACCGGGGGGACCGGGAGGAACCGGGAGGAACCGGGGGGGACCGGGAGGUUGGACGUGUGUUCCGGGGAGGACUGACACGGGACGAGGGGAGGGGGGUCUGCCGACGCCGGGACAGGUCUGUGGUCGUCCUCUGUGGUGUGAGCGUGAGGAGAAUACUGAUGAGCGCGCUGCGUCCCGGUGCAGCCGAGGGCCACCAGUCACCCGCCGCGACCCGGGGCCUGCGCACCGGCUCCGGCUCCCCCUGAGGACGGUCGCACCCUCUGACAGCACCGCCCCGCGAGGCGCAGACAUGGGCAACAGCUUCUCCAACAUGUCCGCCUUCCAGUCGCUGCACAUCGUGAUGCUGGGGCUCGACUCCGCGGGCAAGACCACGGUCCUGUACCGACUCAAGUUCAACGAGUUCGUCAACACGGUGCCGACGAUCGGCUUCAACACGGAGAAGAUCAAGCUGAGCAACGGCAGCGCGAAGGGCAUCAGCUGCCACUUCUGGGACGUGGGGGGCCAGGAGAAGCUGCGGCCGCUGUGGAAGUCGUACAGCCGCUGCACGGACGGCAUCAUCUACGUGGUGGACUCGGUGGACGUGGACCGACUGGAGGAGGCCAGGACCGAGCUGCACAAGGUCACCAAGUUCGCGGAGAACCAGGGCACGCCGCUGCUGGUCAUCGCCAACAAGCAGGACCUGCCCCGCUCGCUGCCGGUGGCGGACAUCGAGAAGCAGUUGGCGCUGCACGAGCUGACCCCGACCACCGCGUACCACGUGCAGCCCGCGUGCGCCAUCAUCGGCGAGGGGCUGCACGAGGGCAUGGACAAGCUGCACGAGAUGAUCGUGAAGCGCCGGAAGUCGCUGAAGCAGAAGAAGAAGCGCUAACACACGGGGCGUGACGCGGCUUCACGCGCGUGCACGCGAGGCUUCGGGAUGUAGAACAAGAGAAGAUCCAAAAAGAGUUGAAGUGACUGUUGAGAGGAGCGGAGCGGGACGGGACGGGCGGGCCGGUCCACCUGCUGCUGCUCCACCACAGAGCCUGAGGAAGGUUCCUACAUCCACUGGACUGGUUCCCAUGGAAACACAUGUUUGAUUUUUGCACGUGGCUCAGGUCACAGACUCUCUGAGGGCAGAGGUCACGUCGAGGUCUCGUGGAGAUGGACGAGGUCUCGUGGAGGUGGACGAGGUCACGUUGAGGUGGACGAGGUCACGUUGAGGUCACGUCGAGGUGGACGAGGUCUCGUGGAGGUGGACGAGGUCUCGUGGAGGUGGACGAGGUCUCGUUGAGGUCACGUCGAGGUGGAAGAGGUCUCGUGGAGGUGGACGAAGUCUCAAGCGUCCACUUGACUUUGCACUUUUCAUUUCCUGACGACGUAGAGAGCGACACUAUUAAUAACAACGAUCAGGUGUUUAUGUACAAGAAGAGCAGAAGUGAAGUAUUUUUUAAAUAUUAAAAGAGUUCAAAUCCAA